CAUUUGAUACACCAUAGCCAUGAGAUAUAGUUAGAAAUGUGAAAGGUCUACUGAAUUUUACUUGGCUUGUAGUCCGUAACCUACCAAACUUGAUUCCCUUGAGGUUUUGGGAGUAGAUCUGGGCCAUCUCUUCUAACAGGAGACUGCUUCUAGUUUUUGCUCCAUUUUACAAAGGGAACAAAAUUAUUACCAAAAUAAAAAAAAAUACACGUUUACAAGUCAUUAAAUAAAUUAGUAUCUCCCCUGAAGGUAUUUGUUUUUCUGAGUGUAGAGUUACUUGCACUAGAUAGUCUGAGUAUUCCCUGGCUUGCUUUACACUGGGUUGCAAGAAUGACUUUCAUUUUUGCAUUUUGUUUCUUGCAAGUGGUACACUUGUGCUUUUACAGUAAACUAAAAGCUUGUGAAAUCCUUGGAUUACAAAAUAUUUCCUCACAUUGGGUUUCAGACAAGAGGUAACACCUAAAAAGCCAGAAAAGGAAGGUCUUGCCUUAUAGAGGGAGCUCUGUACAGUGACACAAUAGCUGAUAUAAAGUGUCAGUGUAACUGAGCAGAAGGCAAAGGAACAAAGAAAGACCAAGACGCAGUGGCUGCUUUAGACAAAAGGAAAGUGGAAAGUCUCUUUUAGGAUGGAGAAAUUUAAGGCUGCUCUUGUGCUGGCUGGGGUUGGGGAUGCUCUUGGUUAUCGAAAUUUCUCCCGGGAGAACAAUGCUUUAGGUGCAAAGAUCCAAGAGGAACUGAAAGAAAUUGGAGGGCUUGGGAAUCUGGUGCUGUCUUCAGACAAAUGGCCAGUAAGUGACAAUACCUUGAUGCACAUGGCUACAGCAGAGGCUCUCAUCACAGAUUACUGGUGUUUAGAAGACCUAUAUCGGGAACUGGUAAAACGCUAUGUUGAUUCUAUUGACAAACUCCCAGGGAGACGGUCAGACCCUGCCACCAUUGAAAGCUGCUCACAGUUAAAGCCGGAUAACUAUCUCCUGGCUUGGCACACACCGUUUAAUGAAAAGGGUUCUGGAUUUGGAGCAGCUACAAAAGCCAUGUGUUUAGGUAUGAGAUACUGGAAGCCUGAAAGGCUAGAAAGUCUUAUUGAAGUGAGCAUUGAAUGUGGCCGAAUGACUCAUAACCAUCCUACAGGCUUUUUAGGGUCUCUGUGUACAGCCCUAUUCAUAUCGUAUGCAAUUCAAGGAAAACCAUUAGUACAGUGGGGAAGAGACAUGAUGAAGGUGGUUCCAAUGGCAGAAGAAUAUUGCAAAAAGACCAUUCGACACAUGGCAGAAUAUCAGGAGCACUGGUUUUACUUUGAAGCCAAAUGGCAGUUUUAUUUGGAGGAAAGAGAAAUCAAUGAAGAAAAUCAGAAUAAACCAAGCUUUCCUGAUAAUUAUGAUGCAGAAGAGAGAGAAAAGACUUACAGGAGGUGGAGUUCAGAAGGCCGAGGUGGAAGAAGAGGGCAUGAUGCUCCCAUGAUUGCGUAUGAUGCUAUUUUAGGAUGUGGAGGUGACUGGACAGAACUUUGCAACCGUGCCAUGUUCCACGGUGGUGAGAGUGCGGCCACUGGAUCCAUUGCUGGCUGCUUGUACGGAUUACUUUAUGGCCUGAACAAGGUUCCUAAAGGCUUGUACCAGGAUCUUGAGCAAAGGGAGAGGCUAGAAUACUUGGGAGAGACUCUUUACCGACUAUCCACAGAGGAAAAGUAAAGCAGUUUCUACCAUUUUCUCUUUCUUUAAAGACUAUAUCAAAUACUGUAGAUAAGUAACUAAUUUCAAUAACCCUGUGAUAGGCUGAGGCUUACUUUUAAAAGGCGUGAGCUGAGUAGUUCAAGAGUAAUUGAACUUGUAAACGUUCAGUUUGUCAUGUGUGCUGGGGAUUUUUGAGUAUCAAACUAGCUACUUAAAAUAUAGUCCAGAUCAGUAAAGCUUACGUUAAAUGGAAAAAAA